AUCACAGUCUCCUUAUCGGCCAAAUUCCUGUAUUGCUUUUGAGUAAGUCAAAAAUAUAAAGUUCUAUAACCAAGAAAUGUGAUUUUAAAGUUAGUGGUUCAUAAAGUAGAUCAUGCAUUAAGAUUUUAACUCAUCUCUUACUCCUCUUUGUAUCCCUAUGUUCAGUUCUGAGUAUGGCAUACUGUAGAUGCUACACAAAUAUUCAAUGGGUAAAUGAUAUUACACAUGAAUGUUCCAUAUUACAGUAGUUUGAUAGAACUGUAAGUUUAACUUCUACCUAUAGGAGAAAGACUUUAAUUUUAGAACAUUGCUAUUGAUACAUCUUCUUUGGUAUCCAAAGGUAUGUAUAUGAAGAUUUAUACAGAGUAAGUUUAAUAUAAGUUAUUGCAAUUUCUCUUUGAGAGCUGUCCAGAAUCAUGAAAUCAUCCACCUUUGUCUUCUUUCCGUCACUUCUCCUAGGCAUGGACGCCAGUCAACUAGUUACAUAUGUUUAAAUGUGGGUUUAAGAGAAUAUAUUGAUUUUUCUGUAACAGAUCAAAAAGAGGGUGUGCUAGUGACUUUAUUUUCAUGAUAUUUGGAGGGUCCAUAAUUACCCAAUUUGGAGUUUUCAGAAAAACAUUUUAAAGACUGACUACUUUCCAACAAGAGUAAAAGAUCUCAAGAAUUCAAAAUAAAUAACCCAUUGAAAAUCACGAACAAUCUCAAAUAGUAAAAAGACUAUAUUGAGUUGCAUGGAAAGCAGUUUCGCAAAGGUAGGAAAACACCAAGUUCAAGGGGUACGUCACAAUAUGGUCAAAUGUUUAAGGAUGGAAUAAUUAAGACUUCUGAAAAAGCCAUACUCUCUAUUCAUCUAGUCUCUGUUUUGCCAAAAUCAUCAGCUUGAACAGUUUUCCAGCUGGAAUUUAGAAAGUGGGGUUAUAAACUGGGUUUUUUUUUUUUUUUUGGUAUAGUUUUCAGGAAGUAGGAGAAUUGUUCCAUUUUUAUAUGAUAGAAAAUAAAUAUUGAAACAAUGACAUUAGAGCAUCUAUACACUCUUGUUUCAAUUGAAAUUCUAUCUUUUUAAUGUAGCCUCUGGACCAAGUCUUCAUUCUUUCCAUGAUUCCUUCCUGCUGGUGACAGAGACUCCUGUCCCCCCAAAAACUUUUCUUUGAGAGAUGUGGGUGGCCUCCUUUCCUAAACCUUUAGAGACCAAAAUGAUUUAUAGACUAUCCCUCUCCUGCGGGAGUUGGGCAAGUAGUGGAUCAUAUUUGCAUGGGUCACCCUGAUAAUAGGACUCCACUGUUUCUUGAACUAAAAUCUUAAGAUUUAUUGUUCUAUUAAUGCUCAUAAAGUCACUCUUUUGAUGAGCCAUAAUUUCCCUUUAUGAGGAGUCUGUAUGCCAGUCACCCAUGAUAAGGGAGAAGAAAGUCCAGACUUCCAACAUAUUCAUAUUUCCUGGCAGAUUAAUAAAGUCUUGAAAUCCCAUAUGACUCCAGGGGAAAAUGGCAUAGGGUACAGUAACAAAAAGCAAAUUUCACAGCGUCAACAUGUGCCCAUGAGACUUCCCUCACAAUGUUGGCUGUGUACAAAACCUAAGCUUUUCCAUUUUAAUUAAAAAACUUAGAAAUUAACCCUCCUGGUGGAGAAGAUAACCCACCAACUAGGCUUGUAUUAUCUUUGUGAAUAUUCUUAGGGAAUGAAAUAGCAGGAGGUGUGAACUUUCUCCUGCUUAUCUUAAUGGUCCGCUAAUGGCAAAGCAUAAUUAGUUACUUAAGUGCCAAGUUUAUCAAGAUUUUCGCUAAAACCUUCAGCCACAGCGCUUUCCUUGAAUGACCCAGCUUUGAUUUAUCCAAUUGCUUUACUAUCAUUUGAAAGAACACUGCCCCCAAUAAAAACAAGCGAACAAAAAGCCCAGUCCCCCACCAUGUGUAAGUUCUUCCAAUUCCUUUAGCUGCAUAGUUAAGGCACUUGGGACUCCAAAAAGUCGAAAAGAUUGUGUAAGGCAUCAUUAAUUGAAAUUUUAGCCUUCCCACAUUCAAAAAGCACGGCUGUGCAGCAGUUUUGCAGUCAUUCGCUUCACGGCUUUGAGAAGUCAAUAAGCUUCUAAAUCAGAAGAUGGUCUUCUAAAGAGUAUCCCAUAUUUGGGAUGGAAACUUAGCCAUUGUACCUUUCCCCCAGUGCACCCGCAUGAGAAGCCCGAAAGCCACCUAUCUCCCCCAUCGGUCUCUGGAUCUCCUCGCUGCCUUUGUCCCUUCUAGAUGUGGAGGCUUGGAGAGGAGGUUUAGUUUCCAAGGAUUGGAGCGUUUGAAGGGCGGGGCCAUCUCCAAGUCCAUCUCCCCUUUUUGUCCUCUUCUCCUGGGACGGGAGGGAGGAGCCAGGUCCCCCGCAGCCGGUUCGGGAGCUCUCUAGCUCGGUCGCUCGAGGUCCCUAAUGUGAGAGGGUAGACCCAGAUCAUGGAGGUGCUUCAGUGUGAUGGCUGUGACUUCAGAGCCCCAUCUUAUGAAGAUCUCAAGGCGCACAUUCAGGAUGUCCACACGGCAUUUCUGCAGCCAACUGAUGUUGCUGAAGACAAUGCUAAUGAGCCACGAUCGGGGUCCAUGAAUGCCAGUAAUCAGACAGAGGUGGAAUUUUCUUCUAUAAAGGAUGAAUUUGCGAUUGCAGAGGAUUUAUCAGGUCAAAAUGCAGCUGCGUUGGGGACUGGAAGUUACUAUGGCCACAGUCCAGGAUAUUACAGUCAGCAUAUUGCCCCUAAUCCCAAACCAACAAACAAGUUUUUUCAAUGCAAGUUCUGCGUACGCUACUUCAGGUCGAAAAACCUCCUCAUUGAACACACUAGGAAGGUCCACGGAGCUCAAGCCGAAGGGAGUUCGGCAGGACCCCCUGUUCCAGGAUCCUUAAAUUAUAAUAUCAUGAUGCACGAGGGUUUUGGAAAGGUCUUCUCUUGCCAGUUUUGCACAUACAAGUCACCGAGGAGGGCAAGAAUAAUUAAGCAUCAGAAGAUGUAUCACAAGAACAAUUUGAAGGAGACCACUGCUCCCCCCCCUACCCCUGCUCCGCUGCCCGACCCCGUCAUCCCACCCGUGUCCCUGCAGGACCCCUGCAAGGAACUGCCAGCAGAGGUCGUGGAGCGCAGCAUCUUAGAAUCCAUGGUGAAGCCUUUGACCAAGUCUCGAGGCAACUUUUGCUGUGAGUGGUGCAGCUACCAGACCCCCCGCCGAGAACGCUGGUGUGACCACAUGAUGAAGAAACACCGCAGUAUGGUCAAGAUCCUUUCCAGUCUCAGACAGCAACAAGAAGGGACUAAUCUACCUGAUGUGCAGAACAAGAGCGCCCCCAGCCCCACUUCCAACUCCACUUACCUGUCCAUGAAUGCUGCAAGCCGGGAGAUCCCCAACACGAACGUCUCCAACUUCCGGGGCUCCAUCAGUAACUCCAUCAUGAGACCCAAUUCUUCUUCAGCUUCCAAGUUUUCGCCCAUGUCUUACCCUCCGAUGAAGCCGAAGUCACCUCACAAUUCUGGCCUCGUUAACUUGGCAGAGAGAUCCCGUUAUGGAAUGGCUGACAUGACCAAUUCUUCUGCCGACCUGGAAACGAACAGUAUGCUGAAUGACUCUAGUUCUGAUGAAGAGUUAAAUGAAAUAGACAGUGAGAAUGGUUUAAAUGCUAUGGAUCACCAGACAGCAGGCAUGUCUGCAGAGCAGCUGAUGGGCUCAGAUGGCAACAAAUUAUUGGAGACCAAGGGGAUUCCAUUUAGAAGAUUCAUGAAUCGGUUCCAGUGCCCCUUUUGUCCUUUCCUCACCAUGCAUCGGCGUAGCAUCUCCCGUCACAUAGAAAACAUCCACUUAUCUGGAAAGACAGCUGUCUACAAAUGUGACGAAUGUCCGUUUACUUGCAAGAGCUCCUUAAAACUCGGGGCUCACAAACAGUGUCACACGGGUACAACGUCAGAUUGGGAUGCUGUGAAUUCCCAGAGUGAAAGCAUUUCUUCCUCACUGAAUGAAGGUGUAGUGUCUUACGAGAGCUCAAGCAUCAAUGGCAGGAAGUCAGGAGUCUUGCUGGAUCCCUUGCAGCAGCAACAGCCACCGCCACCACCGCCACCACCACCACCGCCGCCUCCGUCCCAGCCGCAGCCACCGCAGCUACAGCCACCACAUCAGGUGCCACCCCAGCCCCAGCCGCCAGCAACACAGCAGCCACAGCCACCCGUGCAAGCCCCGCCCCUGCACCCAUACAAAUGCACCAUGUGUAAUUACUCCACCACGACUUUGAAAGGGCUAAGAGUCCAUCAGCAGCACAAACACUCGUUUUGCGACAACUUGCCAAAAUUCGAGGGGCAGCCCUCAAGCCUACCAUUGGAAAGUGAGACCGACAGCCACCCCUCUUCCAGCAACACUGUGAAGAAAAGUCAGACCUCAAUUCUUGGGUUGUCCUCCAAGAAUAAUUUUGUAGCUAAGGCCUCUAGGAAGCUCGCGAAUGACUUUCCUCUCGACUUAUCGCCCGUGAAGAAGAGAACUAGGAUCGACGAGAUUGCGAGUAACCUGCAAAGCAAAAUUAACCAAACCAAACAGCAGGAAGAUGCGGUGAUCAAUGUCGAGGAUGACGAAGAGGAAGAGGAAGACAAUGAAGUGGAGAUAGAGGUGGAGCUGGACAGGGAGGAAGAGCCGACGGAGCCAGUCAUGGAGGUGCCCACUUCCUUUGCAGCCCAACAGAUUUGGGCACGAGAUGCCAGCGAGUCCCAGAAGGAGCCCAACUUCAGAAGUGUCACCCACGAUUACAACGCCACCAACGGGGCUGAGAUUGAGCUCACCCUUUCUGAAGAUGAAGAGGAUUAUUACGGCUCCACGACCAACAUGAAAGAUCACCAAGUUUCCAGUACCGCUCUCCUGAACACCCAGACUCCUAUUUACGGAACUGAGCACAAUAGUGAAAAUACAGACUUUAGUGACUCUGGAAGGCUAUACUAUUGCAAACACUGUGACUUUAACAACAAAUCGGCCCGGAGUGUCAGCACCCACUACCAACGAAUGCACCCGUACAUUAAAUUCAGCUUUAGGUACAUCUUGGACCCCAACGAUCACAGCGCAGUGUAUAGGUGUCUGGAAUGCUACAUCGAUUACACCAACUUUGAGGAUCUGCAGCAGCAUUACGGGGAACACCACCCAGAAGCCAUGAAUGUACUCAACUUUGACCAUUCGGACCUGAUCUACCGGUGUCGGUUUUGUUCCUACACCAGCCCGAACGUUAGAAGCCUGAUGCCACAUUACCAAAGAAUGCAUCCCACCGUUAAGAUUAACAACGCGAUGAUAUUUUCAAGCUAUGUCGUGGAGCAGCAGGAAGGACUGAAUACGGAAUCCCAGACACUGAGGGAGAUUCUGAAUUCGGCUCCCAAGAACAUGGCGACUUCCACUCCCGUGGCUCGUGGUGGCGGUAUGCCAGCGACGUUUAAUAAAAACACUCCUUCCAAGACCUUUACUCCAGAAUGUGAAAACCAGAAGGACCCCUCGGUUAACACCGUUGUCGUUUAUGACUGUGACGUUUGCUCAUUCGCAAGCCCCAAUAUGCAUUCUGUCCUGGUUCAUUAUCAGAAGAAACACCCAGAAGAAAAGGCUUCCUACUUUAGGAUCCAGAAAACCAUGCGAAUGGUGUCUGUGGACAGGGGCUCUGCCCUUUCUCAGUUAUCAUUUGAGGUGGGUGCUCCAAUGUCUCCCAAAAUGUCCAACAUGGGUUCCCCACCCCCCCCACAACCCCCGCCACCAGACCUCAGUACUGAGCUUUACUACUGCAAACACUGUUCCUACAGCAAUCGGUCAGUUGUGGGAGUGCUUGUCCACUACCAGAAAAGGCACCCAGAAAUAAAGGUCACUGCCAAAUAUAUCAGACAGGCUCCUCCCACAGCUGCAAUGAUGAGAGGGGCCGAGGGGCCCCAAGGCUCCCCCCGGCCACCUGCCCCCAUGCCACAGCUGACCCGCAGCAGCUCCGAGAGAGAUGGCCCUCCUCUGGAGAAUGAGAUGUUUUUUUGCCAGCACUGUGAUUACGGGAACCGAACGGUCAAAGGUGUCCUCAUUCAUUAUCAGAAGAAGCACCGGGACUUCAAAGCCAACGCAGAUGUGAUCCGGCAGCACACGGCCACCAUCCGAAGCCUCUGUGACCGUAACCAGAAGAAGCCUGCCAGUUGCGUGCUUGUCCCCCCCUCUAAUAUGGAGCGGGACAAGACCAAACUCCGAGCGCUCAAGUGUAGGCAGUGUUCGUAUACCUCCCCCUACUUCUAUGCACUGAGGAAGCAUAUCAAGAAAGACCACCCUGCCCUGAAGGCCACGGUCACGUCCAUCAUGCGAUGGGCGUUUCUAGAUGGCUUGAUAGAAGCUGGCUACCACUGCGAGUGGUGCAUCUAUUCCCACGUGGAGCCCAGUGGUUUGCUCCUACAUUACCAAAGGAGGCAUCCAGAACAUUACGUUGACUACACUUACAUGGCCACCAAACUCUGGGCUGGGCCAGACCCCUCCCCUCCCUCUCUCGCCAUGCCAGCUGAAGCCAAAACAUACAGAUGCAGAGACUGUGUUUUUGAAGCCGUCUCCAUCUGGGACAUCACCAAUCACUACCAAGCGUUCCACCCGUGGGCCAUGAAUGGUGAUGAGUCGGUGCUGCUGGAUAUCAUCAAGGAGAAAGAUGCUAUUGAGAAUCCCCUCCCUCUUGCUGAAGAGUUGGUGGGCCCUUUGAAUUGUGAGAACAGUAUGCCCACGCCACUCCCCGAGCAGGAAGCUGAAUGCCCAGAGGAUGCAAGACUUUCCCCAGAGAAAAGCAUCCAGCUAGCUUCCGCCAACCCCGCCAUAUCCUCCACCCCGUACCAGUGCACGGUGUGCCAGUCUGAGUAUAAUAACCUGCAUGGCCUUCUCACCCACUAUGGGAAGAAGCACCCAGGCAUGAAAGUGAAGGCUGCUGACUUCGCCCAGGACAUCGACAUCAACCCAGGCGCCGUCUACAAGUGUAGGCAUUGCCCGUAUAUCAACACCCGCAUCCACGGCGUCCUGACCCACUACCAGAAGCGACACCCGUCCAUCAAGGUGACCGCCGAGGACUUUGUGCAUGACGUGGAGCAAUCUGCCGACAUAGCCCAGAAUGACGUGGAGGAGACGAGCAGGAUCUUCAAGCAAGGGUAUGGCGCCUACCGCUGCAAACUGUGUCCGUACACGCAUGGCACUUUGGAGAAACUCAAAAUCCACUAUGAGAAGUAUCACAAUCAGCCUGAAUUUGAUGUCUUUUCCCCGUCACCCCCGAAGCUGCCGGUCUCCCUCGAGCCCGAGAUAACCACUGAAGUGAGCCCCUCCCAAGUCUCCAUCACCGAGGAGGAGGUGGGAGAGGAGCCCCUGUCCACUUCUCACUUCUCUACCUCGCACCUGGUCUCCCACACUGUGUUCCGGUGCCAGCUCUGUAAGUACUUCUGCUCCACGAGGAAGGGGAUCGCCAGGCACUACCGCAUCAAGCACAACAACGUCCGAGCCCAGCCAGAGGGCAAGAACAACCUCUUCAAGUGUGCCCUGUGUGCCUACACCAACCCCAUCCGCAAAGGGCUGGCGGCCCACUACCAGAAGCGCCACGAUAUUGAUGCGUAUUACACCCACUGCCUGGCAGCCUCCAGGACCAUCAGCGACAAGCCCAACAAGGUGAUCAUCCCGUCACCCCCCAAGGACGACUCCCCGCAGCUCAGCGAGGAACUCCGGCGGGCAGUGGAGAAGAAAAAGUGCUCCCUGUGCUCCUUCCAGUCCUUCAGCAAGAAGGGCAUCGUGUCCCAUUACAUGAAGCGCCACCCGGGGGUGUUCCCAAAGAAGCAGCACGCCAGCAAGCUGGGGGGCUACUUCACCGCCGUCUACGCCGACGAGCACGAGAAGCCGAUGCUGAUGGAAGAGGAGGAGAGAGGCAGCUUCGAGAAAGCCGAGGUGGAGGGAAGCGAAGCUCAGGAAAUCGAGUGGCUCCCGUUCCGCUGCAUCAAAUGCUUCAAGCUGUCCUUCAGCACGGCGGAGCUGCUGUGCAUGCAUUACACUGACCACCACAGUCGGGACCUGAAGAGGGACUUCAUCAUCCUGGGCAGCGGCCCCCGCUUGCAGAACUCCGCCUACCAGUGUAAGCACUGCGAUAGCAAACUGCAGAGCACCGCCGAGCUGACCUCACACUUGAACAUUCACAAUGAGGAAUUCCAGAAGCGUGCCAAACGUCAGGAGAGGAGGAAACAGCUUUUGAGCAAGCAGAAAUAUGCAGAUGGUGCUUUUGCAGAUUUCAAACAAGAGAGGCCUUUUGGUCACUUAGAAGAGGUGCCAAAGAUCAAGGAGAGGAAGGUGGUGGGCUACAAGUGUAAGUUCUGUGUGGAAGUGCACCCGACGCUCCGAGCCAUCUGUAAUCACCUCCGGAAACACGUCCAGUACGGCAGUGUCCCAGCCGUGUCAGCCGCCGUGAAGCAGGAGGCUGAAGACCCUUCCCACUUGUUCCUGGAUGGAUUGGAAGCAGCCAAAGAUGCCAGUGGUGCCCUGGUGGACCGGGUGGAUGGUGAACACUGCUUGCUUGAUGGAAUGUUGGAGGAUGAAACCCGGCCGGGGGGAUACCAUUGUAGUCAAUGUGACAGAGUCCUGAUGUCCAUGCAGGGGCUGCGUUCUCAUGAGAGGAGCCAUCUGGCCCUGGCCAUGUUUACCCGCGAGGACAAGUACAGCUGCCAGUAUUGCUCCUUUGUUUCUGCUUUCAGGCACAAUUUGGAUCGCCAUAUGCAAACCCACCACGGACACCAUAAACCGUUCCGAUGCAAACUCUGCUCCUUCAAGUCCUCCUAUAACAGCCGGCUGAAGACACAUAUACUCAAAGCUCAUGCUGGUGAACAUGCCUACAAGUGUUCUUGGUGCUCCUUUUCCACCAUGACAAUCAGCCAGUUGAAGGAACACUCCCUCAAGGUCCACGGAAAAGCCCUGACCCUCCCCAGGCCACGAAUUGUCAGUCUCCUCUCCUCACACGCCCACCACUCCUCUCAAAAAGCUGCCCCGGCUGAAGAAGUAGAAGACUCCAAUGACUCGUCCUACUCGGAGCCUCCAGAUGUCCAGCAGCAGUUGAACCACUAUCAGUCUGCUGCCCUGGCGAGGAACAACAGCCGUGUAAGCCCUGUGCCUCUUUCUGGGGCUGCCGGGAGCGCUGAGCAGAAAACCGAAGCUGUUCUUCACUGCGAAUUCUGUGAAUUCUCCUCUGGCUACAUCCAGAGCAUCAGGCGCCAUUACAGGGACAAGCACGGUGGGAAGAAGCUCUUCAAGUGCAAAGACUGUUCCUUUUACACAGGCUUUAAAUCUGCGUUCACUAUGCACGUGGAAGCCGGGCAUUCGGCGGUUCCUGAGGAGGGCCCCAAAGAUCUCCGCUGUCCUCUCUGCCUCUAUCACACCAAAUACAAACGGAACAUGAUCGACCACAUCGUGCUGCAUCGAGAGGAGCGCGUUGUCCCCAUUGAAGUGUGCCGGUCCAAACUCUCCAAAUACUUGCAGGGAGUAGUUUUCCGCUGCGAUAAGUGUACCUUCACCUGCUCCAGCGACGAGAGCCUCCAGCAGCACAUCGAAAAGCACAACGAACUGAAACCCUACAAAUGCCAGCUCUGCUACUACGAGACCAAGCACACGGAGGAGCUGGACAGCCACCUUCGGGACGAGCAUAAGGUAAGCCGUAACUUUGAGCUGGUUGGACGGGUUAACUUGGAUCAGCUGGAACAGAUGAAGGAGAAGAUGGAGAGCUCCAGCAGUGAAGACGAGGACAAGGAAGAAGAAAUGAACAGCAAGGCUGAUGACAGAGAUCUGAUGAGAUUUUCUGACCGUGGGGCUGCUCUUAACACCGAGAAGCGUUUUCCGUGUGAAUUUUGCGGACGGGCGUUUUCACAGGGCUCUGAGUGGGAACGGCACGUGCUGAGACACGGCAUGGCGUUGAAUGACACCAAGCAGGUGAGCAGAGAUGAAAUCCACCUGAAAGAGAACAUGGAGGACAGUAUUAAGAUGCCCUCCCUAGAGGAGAAAGAAGAUGACGAGGCAAUCGGAAUAGACUUUUCCCUAAAGAAUGAAACAGUAGCCAUCUGUGUAGUAGCUGCUGACAAAUCUCUCCUGGAGAAUGCAGAGGCCAAAAACGAAUAAGCAUUUGGUGAAAUUCUUAAUCAAACCUUACUUGAACCGUGAUGAAAAAGUGGGAGGGCCAGCUGGGGCUGAGAAGGGGGGGACAGAGAAGAGAAGACAGAACAAAGCUGCUUUUUAGGACUGAACAAUCUAUUUUCAAAGCACUGGUACCUGUGUGAAUGAGUAUGUAAAUUAAAGUUAUUUAAAUGGUUGGAAUAUGUGGCUCCUUUUCCAUCACUACGUCUUUUCUUCCGGAUCUUCAUCAUGGAAGUUGUCACUUGUCGCGGAAUACGGAAGCACGUGCCAUGCACACAUUGUGCUCUGUGGCGGUCUUGGACAGAAUGUGGAAACGAAGCUCCGUGACGGUAAAGACUUCUCUUAGGGGAACAACUUUUUGACGCACAACUUUCGGUGCGUUUUUCUAGUUUUAAUACCUUAAGCUUUUUUCAAGACCUAACUGCAGCCGCUUUGGGAAAAAACAAAAAACAAAAAAAACAAAAACAGAAAACAAAAAACUGCUUUGCAUAAAACAGUCACCUGUUUCCUAGUACCUCAAACUUAACCAAGGGAAAUUCUCUGCAUUUGUCAGUACUACCUGCCGUCCUUGUGGUUAAAUGUAGAGAACUGCUGGGCAAGAUGGUGAAUGGAGAAAAAAAAAGAGUUUUAAAGAAAGGAACACAAAUUGUGCUUAAAAUCCCCAUGUGGGUUUUAUUUCUUAAAAUACUGUGAUUUUUUUAAUUAUUUUAGUAAAAAACAAAACAAAAAAAAGAAACAGACUUUAAUUAUUAGAUAACUGUUUGUGAAUUGUCAUCCUUUACUCCAGGUAAGCUGUUUAUUAGUGUUCAACUAUAAUUUAGAAUUUGAUAGAUUCAUGUGAGCUAAUUUUAAGGUGACUGUGGAGUUUUGUUUGCCACACGUUUAUUUUCUAUCAAUUUGAGUGUUACAAACACAGCACAAUUCAGUUUUUCAUAUAAAUUGUUUUUUGUGUGUGUGUUGUUCUUGUGUUUUAAUUUGGGGGCAAGGGAGAUUUCGUUUUUUUUGUGAAUAGGAAUGUUUUUAUUUUAAACAUGGAAAUAACAAAGAAGUUAAUUUUCUUUUUUUUUUUUUAAUUUAACUAAAGAACCAAACUUUUCGGCACAGCUAUGCAGCUUGUGGGCCAGACAAGGAAGUCCUCUCCACCCUUUUGAUGCUUGUCCAAUUUACACAUUCUCCGUCUCACACAAAUAAUUUCUGUUAGGAUGGGCUGGCUUUUGUGUGUGGUUUUAAAAUCUGUGUUCUUUUUUGUUUGCCUUGUGUUUGGGGGGGGUCUCAUUUAUUUUGGGGGACAAGGGGAUGUGCUAGAAUCCCAUCCCUUUGGUGAGAGUGGACAAGAAAUACUUAUAUCCUACAAGGAGCCUGGAGAACUACUUUUUUUUUUUUUCAAUCUAGCUGCCAGCUGCCCUGUUUCCCCUUAUUAGCUUUUUCAGGAGGGAGCAGCUUAGACUACCCUAAGUCUACAUCUAUAAUAUGUUCUGAUUGUGAACAAAGGGUUUCGUUCCAAAAAGUAGAAAAGAACUUUCCUUGAAGCCUAGGUUUUAGAAGCCUGUGUGUGCGUGCGCUUGGAUGUGUGUGUGUGUGUCUGUGGAUUUGUGCGUGUGUGAGUCCUUUGGUUUUCAUGUUUUGUUUUUUUUUUUUACUUGGAAGGGUUGGGGGGGGGGGAGGGAAGAAAGGGAAAGGGGAAUUGCUGAGAUGACAGUGUCCCACACAGCUUCAAAUAAAAUCCAUGGAAAGAUAUUGCAUUUGUGGAAUAAGUGCUUACUUGAAAAGCAUGUUCUUCUUUUAUUUUCUUGCUGUUAAGACUUUUUAUUUGUAGGGAGUUUGUUUUAAUUUAAUUUUUUUUUUUUUAGGGAUGGGGGCCAUCAUGUGGAAACCAGAAAAUGGGGAAAGUGUGAACUAUCUAAACAAAGAUUCAUUUUGUGUCCAUAUUUGUUUUUAAUUGGCCUCAUUUCAAAUGUAUUAAACAGUUCCAUACCUGGAUUGGGUGUUCGUAAUGGUUACCAAAAACAAACAAAAAAAAGAGAAAAAAAAAGAAAGAAAAAAGAAAAAAAAAGAAAAUAAUUGUGACAUGCUUUUAUCACUACUUUAUUUUUCAAAUAACAUGUAAAUAUUGUAAUCCAUUGGAUUUUGUUUUGCUAACCUGUUAAUAAAAAUAUGGGACCAUUAUCCUUUUAACAAGGCUAGAAUGUCAUUUUUUUCUUUUUUCGAACAUAUACCUGAUAUUUUGUGGCCGCACAUUUUGAAUGCAUUAUUAUAAUUCUGUUGACUGUAAUGACAUAGAAUUUACAACUUUUUUUUGUUUAAUUUAUACAGAGGACUUUUUUUUCAGAGCUUGAGAGAAGAAAAUAAAUAACAAAAUGAUAACCUAUUGACUCCAAUAAUCAGUGUUUCCCAAUACUUGAUAAAAGAUAGGGAGAUUCUGAGUUCUUGAAGCCAAGGGUUUAAAAAAACAACAAAAAACACACAAGUAGGUUAUUCAAGUUGUUUGCAACAUACAUUUUGUAAUGAA